GUGACGUGUGAGAGAUGCGACCGGAACUACGUGGAUCGAAUGUUUCCGGUAGGGCAGUAAUCGGUGUGACACGUGACACUGGCACAGUCAGUCUGAUGCAAGCUGAAUGAAUUGAAUCAUCAACACAAACCGGUGUUACAUGUGAAGAUGUCGGCAGACUCGAACCCGAUGGCUCUGUAUGAGCAGCUCAGAGCUCAGGGAGACGCAGUGAGAGAAAUCAAAGCUCAGAAGGGCAAUAAAGCUGAUGUUGACGCUGCUGUCCAGUUACUGCUGAAGAUGAAGGCGGACUAUAAACAGCUGACCGGUCAGGACUAUCAGGCCGGACGCCCACCGACGGACGCUGUGAUGAACGAUGAAGAUCAUGAUGAUGGAGAUGAUCAGGUGGAUCCGUGGAACGUCUCCACCAGCAGCGCCAAAGGAGUCGACUACGAUAAACUCAUCGUGCGCUUCGGCAGCAGUAAGAUCGAUCAGGAGCUGGUGGACAGAAUCGCUCGACUCACGGGGAAAACGCCACAUCGCUUCCUGCGCAGAGGAAUCUUCUUCUCACACAGGGACAUGCAUCAGAUCCUGGACGCGUACGAGAAGCAGAAGUCCUUCUAUCUGUACACGGGCCGCGGGCCGUCCUCGGAGGCCAUGCAUGUGGGUCACCUGAUCCCCUUCAUCUUCACUAAGUGGCUUCAGGACGUGUUCGACGUCCCUCUGGUCAUUCAGAUGACGGAUGACGAGAAGUACCUGUGGAAGGACCUGUCGCUGGAGGACUGCCAUCGGUAUGCGGUGGAGAACGCCAGAGACAUCAUCGCCUGCGGAUUCGACCUGGACAAGACCUUCAUCUUCUCUGAUCUGGAGUAUAUGGGGGCGAGUCCUUCGUUCUACAGAAACGUCGUGAAGGUUCAGAAGCACGUGACGUUUAACCAGGUCAAAGGCAUCUUUGGAUUCACAGACAGUGAUUGUAUCGGUAAAAUCAGUUUCCCAGCCAUUCAAGCUGCUCCGUCCUUCAGUAACUCUUUCCCGCAGAUCUUCAGCGACAGGAACGACGUUCAGUGUCUCAUUCCGUGUGCCAUCGAUCAGGAUCCAUAUUUCCGGAUGACGCGGGAUGUGGCUCCUCGGAUCGGCUAUCUUAAACCCGCUCUGCUUCACUCCACGUUCUUCCCGGCGCUUCAGGGCGCUCAGACCAAGAUGAGCGCCAGCGACGCCAACUCCUCCAUCUUCCUGACAGACACGCCCAAGCAGAUCAAGAACAAGGUCAACAAACACGCGUUCUCCGGCGGAAAGGACACAGUAGAGGAGCACAGGAAGUUCGGUGGGAAUCCAGACGUGGACGUUUCCUUCAUGUAUCUGACGUUCUUUCUGGAAGACGAUGAACAGCUGGAGAAGAUCAGACAGGACUACAGGAGCGGCGCUCUGCUCACCGGCGAACUGAAGAAGUGUUUGAUCGAGACGCUUCAGCCCAUGAUCGCCGCGCAUCAGGAGAGACGCAAACUGGUGACAGACGAGACCGUCCGACAGUUCAUGACCCCGCGGAAACUACGCUUCAACUGCUAGAGGAAACGACGGAUCCUUCAGUGCACACACCGAUCAACCACAGAGAGAUGAACUCACUGUCUAAUAAACCUGACGCCAACUGUGUUGAAUAAACAGACACAGAUGUUGUAAAUGACGUUUAUUGUACUACUGAUUCUGUGAACAUUCGGCUGCGUAAACGGUUCAUUUGAAAACAUAUGCAUAUCUGACAGCGUGUGUGCGUUAAUGUGUAAAUCCCUAAUGUGAGCUCAACACAUUGAGAUACAACUGAGAUUAAACACAGUUUGUGCGACAGUUAGUAAAGGGUUAAACCUGAUUAACACAUGAUAUGUUUCCAUCCACCCAUUUCUAUGCUCAUUUUGGGAUAUUGCAUAAAAAACGCUGGAUGGAAAUGACAGGAAUAGUUAAAAAAAGCACACGAGUUUGAAUCCAAACCCUUAAACAUACAUGAUGCUCUUCAGCAGACGCAUCUGGAGGUAGACACUGCAAAACACUCAAAUAUAUAUUAAUACAGAUGAUCCAUAUUCACUCUGGUUCAUGAGCUUCUGCAGCUCACAGUGGAACACAAACGUUAUUGUGCAAAGAGAAGAUCUGACCAUGACCUUCAUGACGCUGAACGCAGGAAGCGAACGACCAGUUCGUACGUGGCAAAGACGGACAUGUUGACGGGAAAAGCGCGGAUGCAGUUUACCGUCAGGCCUCUGAACAGGACGGAUACGCCUUCGGUCCUCACGCUGUGUGCGAUGCAGUGAAAGAAUCCUCUGUAGCGCCGGCCGCUCACAUAGUCCACCUGCAGACGGGCCUUGAUCACGUCCAUGGGCGUCCCGAUGGCCCAGCCGCACAUACCGGACACGCCACCGGCCAGAAGAACCACCGGCCAGCCUGAAAACACCAGACGGUCAACAACAAUUUUAGUGAACUCUAUGGUUCUUAACUCGACUUUGUGCCAAAAGGCACAAAAUAUCCACGUCUUCAAUGAUUGCAUAAUACUUUCAUGUUUAAUGGGUUAUUUCAAUUCUUUCUAGUGAUAAAGUACACAAAAUGAUCUGUGGGGUAUGAAACUUCACAGACACAUUCUGGAGACACCAGAGACUGAUAUUACAUCUUGUGAAAGAAGCGUUAUAGGUGCACUUUAAGUUUCAUUACAAGCUGUUCACACAAUGCCAAUAAAAGCGAUUAAUGCAA